AUGACCAAAACAAUUCUGGAUGUGGUCCAGGAAUGUGACAACUUCGUCCCUGAAGCUGAGCCAACAGUCUAUCUAAAAGCUCUCCAGAAUUACUAUAAAUUUAGAGUCAAUGGCUUCAAUCAAAAGUUGGGCUAUAUACAUGAAGAGACUAUUGGGAAAAUUGAGUGGUCUUGCUCAUGGUCAAUCGAUCAUCAGCAACGAGAAGUAGUUCUGAACACCUCACUCACUGCAACGGCAGAUGAACGCUCACAGGUCGUCGAUGAAACUCUCAAGGCCACCAAAUCAAAGGGCAGCAUUUCAAUGCUGGAGAGCUGGCGGGAUGAGCGAUUCCCAGUAUAUGGCCCCGAGGGAGAAGUUCUUUUCGAAAUAGAGCGGUGUGCAAGUGCACUGUUCGGCAUUGUGACCUACGGCGUCCAACUCCUCUGCUUCACCAACGAUGCACAUGGUCUCCGACUAUGGGUCGGAAAACGGUCAGAGAGAAAACAAACAUAUCCGGGAAUGCUCGACUGCACAGCUGCGGGCGGUCUCGGCACUGGAAAACUGCCAAUCGAUGGUCUGCUAAGUGAAGCGCAAGAAGAGGCCUGCCUUCCAGCACAAAUGGUCAGGGAGAAGGCUAGAUCGAUGGGUCAUAUCACCUAUUUUCAUGUUCGUGGGUCUAAAGCUGGAGGAGAAGUCGAUCUUUUACAGCCGGAGAUUGAGUAUACAUACGAGCUUGAGCUGGAAACAGACAUGGCUCCCAAGCCUGGCGAUUCCGAGGUCGAAGCUUUCAGCCUGUAUACUAUUGAUGAAGUAGUGUCGGCUUUGAUGCGGGGACUAUUCAAGCCCAAUAGUGCUGUCGUGGUUGUGAAUUUUCUCAUCCGCCAUACGGUCAUAACAUCCGAAAAUGAGGUACAUUACGAGAAUAUUCUGUCUCACUUGCAUCGAGAACUAGACCUGCCAACCAUGAUUUAUCCAUACAUAUAA